AUGGAUUCCCGAGGCGCCAAAGAAGACUUCGAGGAGCACCCCAGCGGUUGGGGAGCCCUCUUCGAUGACGACGAGGACGACGACGCCGACUACGCACCAUCCGAGUGCGACAGUGACCGGCUCUCGGAUGUCUCUGAAUGGGACCCUGUGGAAGCUGCACUCGAGGAUCCUGCCCCGCCCAUAUACCUCUACAACACUCAAUCGAUGCGUGGGCGCUUAUCGCUCUCGAUUUCCGUUCCCGGGCGCACUGUCGUCGACCGCGUCAAAUCCAUUCUGGCCCAUAUGGAGUCGGUCGACAUGAACCUCCCCCUUUUCCUGGAUGCACUCAGCUGGGGUGAUGCUGCCUGCAUCUCUGACCCAAAGGUCCGCUACGAGCGCAGCGCCCUUAUGGGCAGUGAAGAGCUUCCCCGCAUCCUCAAGCGCUGGUACAAGGUCCCCCGGGCGUCGGCUUCACGCAGCCACCACGUCCGUCCCCAAGGCGCUCGAAAGGCUCUCGAGGAGUUCGCACUAGGCUGUGUGGAGGACGUUCUCGACCGUGAGCUUGAAACUAGCUCCCACCUCUUCCGCUCGCCUCCCGACUGCCUUUCGGAAGAAGGGCUGACCCGCUUUCAGUUUGCGGAGGUUGCAGAAGCCUUGCAGGAUGAGGCCACGGGCGCCCCGAGUGUCUGGCGGCUCAUACAUGGUAGCACUCAGCGGUUCUGUCGUGCGUCCAAGGGUACUUCUCGUAAGGAUUCCGUUUCUGUGAGACAUCCCUGCACUACUCCUCUCACUGUCUUUCUAAAGGCAAAGGGGACGUCUGCAAAGGCACUCGACCUCCUUCACACCUUUGGUAUCACGAUGAGCCAUAGCUGGAGUGUGCGUGCAUACUCUCGCAUCUCCACAAGCGCCAUGGAGGCUCUGCGCCUGGCUGUUCACCGUUUCCGGUGGUGGCUGGCUUACGACAACGUUAACUUCGCUUUCAAGGUCUUCUCUAUGCGUUUGCAGAACCGGUCGCAUUUUGACUCAGGGACCACCGGGUCUGUGUUUGUCAAACCAUUUGCCCUACAACCUCCACCACUUUCUGGAGAAGCACUCCAGGCACAGCGCCGCAUCGGUCGCACUAACCCGAUAACCCUCUCCGACAUUGCAAACUUGGAGAACAAUGCAGCCCCCCGUAUCCAUUCAUAUAUGGUCCACACCGUCCUUCGCAUGCUUCUCGAUUCCUCAGAAUUCAACUUCUCAACCUACAUCCCUCAGACCGACCCUGCCUUUGCUCCACCUCCUCCUGUGAGCCGACUUCCUGCUGGGCGUGAGAACAUCACCAAGCAGUUCAUCCUCGGGACCGUUCACAUCGAUGAGUCAACGUACGAGGGAACACGGGAUCUCAUUGCUGAGUUCCUUCGCCAGCUAAACCUCUUUACCACUGAAGAGAUCGAGCACCUGGCCAAAGUGGCUGCACUUGUCUGGAUUGGUGAUCAACUCACGAUCGAGCGCCUGCGGGGGCUGGCCAACUAUCGCUCCGAGGACCUCAAUGGCUUUGAUCGCCUCGACUGGAUGGUCUUUGUCUUUGGCUGGUUCCAUCUUCUCAUGGCCUGUGCGAACUCUCUGCACCGCCAGUACUUCGGCUCACCUGCAGGGAAGGGCCUGCGUCAGGCCUUUGCACUGCUCAAGCGCACCGGACUCCAGUCAGUUCAGAUCAAGGGUACCUUCUAUCAUCAUCUUCAUGAAGGCAUCUUUCAUGUGACAGAGGCACAUGUUCGAGAUUGCUGGCGCAAGGUGGGCGGGGUCACCGAGUUAGCUGAAUUGCGCAACAGAUCCCCUGCGGAACUCAAGGACCUGGCGGAGACUCUGGUUGAGCAAUAUGCAUCAAACAACCGGGUCGAGGACUUGGAACGUGUCAGCACAGGAAACGAGGAUGACCUCCUCCGCCAGGCGGUGAUGUGGAACCGUGAUGCAUUACACUACAUGGUGCUGUGGCAUGCGAUGCGGCAGGGUGAUGUGGGCUUGAUGGAGGAUCUCCUUCCCUAUCUCUUCUUGCGCUUCAGUGGCGGAGGAAACCACAAGUACGCUGUCGAGAUUCUCGAGCUCCUACAAGGGCUACAUCGUGAGUGGCCCGAGGAGGUGAAAGCAUUUGUCCGGCAGAACUGCUGGAUAAUCAAUAUGAAAGGGGGUGAAGAAGAUUGGACAGCAAUCGACCUGGCAAUAGAGCGGACAGUGCGCGACAUCAAGGUAACAUACCGACCGAGGGGGCCAAACCAGUCUUGGGAGCUUAUGAAACAGCGCGCGCCAGCCAUCCCCACGCUGCGAAGCCUCGACGAUGACAUUUCCAGGCAAUUUCGGACUAUAUACAGGGGUACAAAUCACACAACACCCGACAAGGAGGCCGACAUCCGCCUCCUCGAUGAGCACUACAAUCGUGCGCAGCUCCACAUGUAUACCCCAGGCCGGCGUACGACAAACACGGCAGACAAGGUCAAAGAGUUCGUCAGCAAUGGAUACUACAUCGCGCAAACCAAAAUCAUUCCGAAAUGGCAUGCGAGGCGCGCGGCAUACGAGCACGCCACCUCACAAACCUGGCCCGAGAACUGGCCGACAUCCAGAGGUACGAGAGGUUUGCGCAGAAUCUGCAACAAUCACGCUCACCUGGCUGAGCCGCAGACUAGUGGGACCAGCCAAGGUGCGAGAAGGGGUGCGACGAUGGAGGGGUCGUGUGAUUUGCGGGUCGUGCGGGCAAGUGGGGGGACGCCGUCGGGGCUGCGGAGGAUGAUUCUGCAAAGGGAUUGA